GCCCAUUUCUAAACAAACACUCGACACGCCAGACUAUUUACAACUCAGUUCGUGUGAGUGUUUUUUCUUCUGAUUGUUUACGUAAGUUUCUGGAUAAUUGUAAUAAUGUCAGCUGGGAAUUCGUCUUGGCUGAAUAACAGUCUCUAAUCUUACUAUGAAAGCCAUAACCUACUAAUGGGUUCGGUUCUAAUGUUCCCGCGAUAUUAUAGGGUGCUAUUUGUUAUAAGUUUGUUUUCACGGCAAUGAAUUAUUGUAGAUAGGCCCGUUGCCCAUUCAAGUGUAUAUGACUGCCCAGUAAUAACACACAGCCUAUAGUCAGCACCGACAACAGAGAGUGUUCCAGCAGCCCAGUCUGUUUGCCACACACAUAGAAAAAACCAUGAGCGGCUUAGAAGCACAUAAUAUUUUAACUGUGUCCUUGGUGGUUCAUGGAGAGACAUUAAUGAAGAUCUGGUGCUGGAACAGCAACAACUGUGAACUGUACUUUCCAAAGGCUCCUUUUAAUUGUGUAGUUUGGGUGGGGCCUCCAGUUGCAUAUUGAGCCUGCCAUUUAAAACGAAACAUAAACUAAAUGCAACCUGAUUAUCCUACAUGUUAUGAGAACUUAUAUCAGGGCACACUCCAACAGAUCAUACCAAGUAACUCCUUAUCAUCUACUGUACAUUUGAAUGCCAAAACAUGCUAUUGUUGACGACAGAGUCCACACACUAUGACUGCAGGUCUUAGUCUUUCACAUGUUGUUGUGCUACAAGCGGAUAAAAGUAAGUGUUUUCCACCCUAAAAGCAGUAUUGCUGAUUUAUAUUUACCAGUCUGUUUGUUUUUGUUGUCCAGGGGUAGAAAGGCAAGAUAUAAAAGGCCAAAUUAUAGCCUUCAUCUGCCUAUGUUUUUAAUAAUAUGUCAUAAUAGUCAGUGUCUGUUUUUUUGUUUUGUAUUUUACUGGGUGGUCAGCAAAAGAAAAUUAGUGUGCAAUGUCCUGGUGAGCUGCUCUGUCCUUCAGCAUCAUUAUGUGGUACUUGGGUGCUAAUUAUGGUCAUACCUGUGUACUUGAGAGCACCUGUCGUUGACCUUGUCAAUUCUGAUCUAAUUUAGAUGAGUCAUACCUUUUACUCAGCGGGACACCAUAAAAAUGCCAUCGUCCAUGUGCCGUAGUUAUGUAGUAAUAGUUCACUAUCGUAUAAACAGUAAAAUGUGAUGUUCUUCAGGGGAAAUACCAGCAACACUUGAUAGUGUUGAUGAGGUGAAUAAAAAUUUGGUCUUUUCUUUUUUCUCCUGCUGUGACCUUUAAAGCAAAGGUUCCUUUAACCAGAUACUCUUAAUUACAGUGAAUCCAGACUCUUAAGUGCUUGUUGGCCAAAUUAUAAAGCGCACAGGUCACGGAGGUAGCUGGCAGUGGAAGCAAAAUGGCUUUUUAUCUGCUCUUUAUGUGACAGGUAUUCCCAUUUAAAUCUACCUUGACAACUUUUGUUCUGUGAUCUCUCUUUCGUCAUCACACAGGGAGUAGCUACUUUACUACAUAGUGCCGCCCUCAUGAAACACAGCUCAUAAAAUUGCAUUAACAUGCAGCACAGUCAAACAGUCUGGGAAGAGACCGUUGAUUGUUUUUCUUCCUUUUUUUCUUUUUUAAACUUUUGUACCUGGCUAGUGAAAUCUGAGCAUGUGCAUGUUUGAUUGUGUAUCAGUGCUUACAAAGCCUGUUUUUAUCAGUAGUGCAAAGUUGGACUGAAUAAGGCCUUAGUUCCUAAGCUUUAAAGAAAGUCUAAUUAGGCAUGAAUAUAACGUUUGAUUGUUGUUGGCUUAUUUUGUGCUUGUUUUUGUUUGUUUCUGUAAUACUGUGAGGUCUGCAGUUUACAAUAUAAGAUGUAUAGAUGACAGUUGUUGUGUAAAUAAAAUGAAAUUGAAUUGAAUAAUAGAAACAAAUGAUUUCCCAGUGAGAACGUUACAAAAAGUCAGGAUGAACAUUCGACAACAUGUGUCCUUAUCUGAAGCAAAAUAGUUUUCAUUACUUAACCUCACCCUCUUUUUUUAGUGUGUGUUCAUUGUAUUUAUACCAGACUAGUCCUCUUUCUCGAAGUCUUAAUGAGCACACUGGUGUUUUCCUCUGCAUGUCUGGACCUGGGGUGUUUGUGUGUCAGUAAGCGACUGCCUCUGUACUUGUUUGUGUGCCGAGCGAGGUUGAGAGCAGAAGCGUCUGUUUAAUAUGGCUUUAUUUCAUGGUCUUAUGGUUAGUACACGACCCCACAGAAGCAAUAAGGAAACAGCAGAGUGGCUUAAAUAAAUGGAGAAUUAAUUAAAGCAGAACCACUAAAGUAAAUUACAAAUUUACAGAAUUCCCCACUUGUUUUUUUCUUUUCUUCCAUCCUUCAAAGUGUUUUACUGAGGUGGUAGAAGUUUAAUAAGAAUUCUUUUCUCUUUUCUUGAGACGCCGUUGAUGCAUGUGACGUCAGAACCUUGUGAGUUUACUUUGGUCACAUGGUUCAGUCCCCAGUAACAAUCAUCCACCCAAACCUCACAUUUGGUCCCACUUAUUAGCUGUUCAAAGGGCCUCUUGAAGCGCAAAGAGCAAAAAAAAUAAAACAGCCUUACCACCGUCAACGUCCAGAUUUGUGCUGCCAUGUGCUUCAUCGCUGGUGGGCCACACAUCCUACUUUAAACACAUCUGCAGUUUUUUUGGUUUAUUUGUUUUGGUGCCCAAUCAAAAACACACCCCCAGGAAGAUGGGGUUGGAGAUUUUACAGAUAAAUUCUGUAUGCAUGCAUACAAAUACACACACCCAGAGGUAAUUACUGCAUGUCACGCUGCCUGUCCUGUUCUAUGUGGAUGUCUGUGUGAGCUAAUAAGUGAUGUAUAUGAAGAGAGGUCUCGCCUAGCUACAGUCAAAAAUGUUCGUUACUUUGAAGUUGUGUCCGCUGAACUCAAAUGCCAUUCUUACUGUUUGACUGUUUGCAUAGCAUUUGAAUGCCAUUUGUGUUGCACACGUAUAGAUAGACUAAGAGUAAUCUAAGCUAGCAUACUGUAUGUCUUUUCCUAGCUGGUGUCUCAGAUCAUUUUAAGACAGAAGCAGAUGUAACCUUUCCAAACCUCACACCCACUUCAUAAAAUAUUAAGGUUCAUGUGGUCGGCCACUAGCUCAGGGCUGCUGACUAAGGGAGUUCCCUUCUUUUUGUCUUUGCUCGGAAGCCUAUACAGUGCGCAUAUUUAGCAAAGGGCGUACAUGGUAACAGCUGGACGUUAUUUUUAUGAUGAGUUAAAUUUAACUCAUGAAAGCUGAGAUGGGAGAGAGAGGGUUGCGUUUGAGGCUAUGCGUUGUUGGCAGUAGUGCAGUAUGUAUCUGGUAAUGUCUGCAUCUAGCUCUCAGGCCAUCCCGUUUAAAAUAGAGAGGGUGUGGAUGCAGUGCUUCUGCAAGCCUGUUCAGCACACGCUGAUGGAAUAUAUUUGCUCAAAAGCACAAGACUGGCAUAUAAUCUUUAUGUGAAGUAGUUAGCUUAUUAAUUAAAUUAACUGGAAGUGCUACUCCUUUAAUUAACAACAACAGUGCAUUUUACAAGGCCAGGCACAGUAGGAUGAAAUUAAUCGGUCCUUGGGCAGCGCACUAUCAGGCAGCACUUAUGCUCAUAAGAUAGUUACUCCAGCACAAUGCUUCGUUAUAUCAGUGACAUUUCAGACAUCUAGACUGGCCCUAUUUAUAAACUAUCGUGAUCCUUAGGUUCACUACAUUAUCCACUCUGUUUUCUUCCACUUGUCAACCUCUGCCCCCACCCUCCCUCCCCCUGCAAAAAAAGCACUAGCAGACACCUUACAACAAAGUAGUGCUUGUAUAUUUGACAGUAUCUACAGUACACUGUAUCUGCCUGUAUUAUGCAGCUGUUAUGCACUGCUCAGAUUUAUUUCUGGAAGCCUGCUGUCAUAUGUUAGUCUCUGUGGUAUGUGUGUUUGUCACAGAGGAAGACAGACGGACUGCAUGUGUGUGACUAAAACUGGGUGGAUUCAUCUAGCUGAUGUGAUAAAGCAGAGGAGUGUUCAAUGUGAUAGAUUUGCACAUGUUUAACCUUGGAAUGUUUCUCCCUGCUUUUGCCUUCAUUGCAGAGAAAGAUAAGAAAUAACCUGUAAUCAUAUCAGUAAUUUACCAACAUGUGACAUUUUUAAGCUAUUAUUAUUAAACACAUAAAGGGUAUCAGAAGGGAGCGCAUGCAGUCUUUUUUCACGUUGGCAAACCUUCCUUUAAGGCAUGGCUUUCUGCCAAAAGUUAUGAAUGAAUGCUUUUGUACUUUCUCCCCACAAAUGCUGUGAUAAUAUUUCACUUUUCAGCUUUUCUGAAGCUUUACAUUGAUUUGUGUUAUAUAUUUAUAUUUUUUAAUUUUUGCUUCUUCUUUUCUUCCUGUCACUCCAGCAGGAGUUCUCUCUAAUUGAACAAGCAGCAGCUUAGGGAAUAGAGAAUAAACUAAUUAUUAUUUCCUGCUGUUGUUCCUCUACAUUCCACUCUUUGCUCCACCCUUAUUAUUCCCUUUCCCCCUGUUCCCCCCUCGACACAAGGCUUUGUGCCACCUGAGAUUCCCUCUUCUCUCUCUUUCUUACUAACCAUUUAUUGUCUUUUUUUGUUUUCUUACUUCUGUUGGUCUGUUUGCCACCCGUGAGCUUUACCACAAUGUAGCUGGAACACAGUGAAAUGCCCUUGGGAACAGGCCAGUUAAUAAAUGUUCAAAAAAGACCAAAUAAGAAAAGGAAAAAACUGGCAUGAUUUUUCCAGCUCUGCAGACAGUCUGUUAAGUCAGCUUCCUGUUCCUGUAUUUGGAGAAUUGUGGUUGUCUUGGUACAUGUUUUGUGCUAAACUGUUUACAGCAUGUCUCUUAGUCACUGGUCACAAGCAGACAUGAUAACUAUAUAUGUCAAAAGAGAUGAAUACAAAAAAGAGGGUUGAUGUGUAGUGGUGCUAUCCACAGUAGGUGGAUUUUUCUCUUUAGUUGUGAAAUAAAUACUCUGGGUUGUGGUUAAAUCGUUGGGGAAAUUACAUCCUACGUCCUAAUCAUUUUUUCCUUGAGGUCUUCCAUGAGGUCAAGGAAUGACGUGAAGCAAAAAUCAAAAGGAGACAGACGAAUACUUUAGCAGUGCUAAACGCGUGCACAUGCAAAAGGCUGUGGUGAAUUUGUGAUGUCCCAAAGAUCACUCAGAGACAGCUGUAAAUAUUUUGUCCUGUGCAUUCUUGCCAUGUUUUAUGCAGGCUAUAAAAAACAUCAACCUUUUAAAAAAAUAUUGUUUCCCUUACAUGCUAGAAAUAGCAGCGAAACAAAAAGGUUGUUACAAUACGAAUAGUUGCUCUUGUCCAUACUUAAAUAUAAAUUAGCACCAGUCUAACUGUAGAAAAUAAUUGUUACAUUUAUAAAAUAUUGAUAACUUUUAAAUGUAGCUAAUGCAGUGGGAUGGUAUUAUCCUUUUGUAAAAGCUGGUCUGGUACAUCCUGUGCUCAAGCACUGAACCAGCUUUGAUUAGCAUUUAAAGAAUUUAAGCAGGACUGCCUUUCAGUCCGUCCUUCUCUAAGAAAAAAAAAGACAGUUUGACCACAACCGUGGAUUACUGGUUGCUGGUUCCAUCUGAGGUUAUUGCGUUAGCUAACUGUUUAAGAGUGUAAGCAACCUAAUUGAUCCCAUGAGUAACAAAUCAUUUAGCACCUGCGGUGUUGUGUGUGUGGUGUGUGUGUUCUUUUUUUUUUUGUUAAUCUCCCACGGGUUAUUACGGUCUCUGCACACAUGUUGAUCAGACUCUGCAGAGCCCUAACUUGGUUCUUUUGGAGAAGUCAGGACUUGAUAAUCAGGUAAAUUAAAGUUUCAUACAAGCUAAAAAUAUUAACACUGGAGCCUCAGACUAUUUGCAAAUUCAGGGCUAUUUAUAAUAUGUAAUAAGGUUACAGCUUGUAUGCAAAUUUAGUGAAAUAUUUUGCAUUUGUGCAAAUGAGACAGUAAAACUGGAUAUGAUUUAUCAGUCUGAGGAGAGCUAAUGAUUGUAUGCUGCCUGCAAGCCUAGACCAUUAUUAUGGCAACACAUUUGUUUGUAUGUCUGUUAAGAAAAUCAGAGGUUCAAAAAUAAAUGUUGACAUUUUUUCAUUUGCUUCUCUAUGCUUUGUAAUUUUCACUUUGCUGUAGUGAGAGGGGCAGCGGUGAGACUGUGAAUAUAGAGGAUGAAGCUGGCAUUUCCAGACUCGGUUUACUUGACAUUGAGAUGCGGUGGGGGUUAAGCACAUUGAUAGUAAUAUGAGCAUCAAGACAUAUGCUGAAUUAGAAGGUUUUGUGACUAGCAACUGCAAACAAAUGCUUUACUUGGCUCAUAUGUCCAAUUUCAGUCUCCCACACUCUGUCUCUUGUUCACUGGUGUUUCUCCGGGUCACUCACCCUGGGUGUGCAUGCCUCUCCAAUCCACAGCUGCUACUGGACUAAGAUCUGCCUUCUUUUGCAGUCAAGUGGUGUAAAUAUAGGUUGCCAUGGGGACACCAUGACACUCAAAGGGUAUGCUGACUAGAUGCAUGUGUGGAGGGAGAACCUGAGUGUCCCGGAUGUGUGCUGCACACUCUGUGUCUAUUGCGUAAUCAGGUGAAAACGUAAGUCUGACUUUUCAAAUGUGUGAUUACUGGACAAAUACAUGAAAGAAAUAUAAAUGAUUAAUUCUGAUAAGACAUACAAAACAUAAAAAUACUUUUUGUGCUUUAUCUAGAUUAAGCUUAAUGUUUUUUUCUUAUAAAUUAAAUGUAAAAGAAGCCUUUUUUAACAGAUAAAUAAAGAAGUGUGCCAGGGAUCGUGCAGUAGCCUUUCGGCAUAUGGGUCACCUGCUCAACCCACUCAAAAUGUGUUUUGAUGGUUCUGAUAGAGGAUAAUAUACUAGGGUCAUGCACUAGUAUAUUUGGAUAUUGGGUUGAUAAGAUCUUGGAACGUGGGACCAUUUACUCAGUGUUUCCCUGACAAAUAAGGAUAAAUGAUACAUUGUCUAACCUUUAUUUCUCCCCUAUUUAAAAACAAAGUGAAGGUGGUCUCCAGUGUGUAUUUAGUAUUAUGCAAUCUUUUUACCAAACAGGAAUAAUCUUAACUCUGACGUACACAUUGGCAGUGUUUACAUUUUGUAGUGUAAUAUGUGUGCCACCACACAAAGUCAUGCCUUAACAUUCAGUCAUGAUUUAACCCAAGUGUCUUGAUCAAGAUUGAGCAUAGUAAUAUUCAGGUUAUAGAAGAGGUAAAGCAUGUUUUCAAAUAUUUAUUUAUGUGCCUUCUGGUAAUUUUUUAUAGCUGCCCACAUGUUCUAAUUUCAGAUGCACCGUAGACUGGAGCCCGGCUGAUGCUGAGGGUUAAAAACUUCUGACAUUGCUGUAUAAACCAAUAAUUUUUUUAUAUAUGUGAAUACAUUGCUAUAGACUUAUUUUUAUUAGAAGGGAAACUGAUGUGUACUCCUGUGCAGAAAGUAUUGUGGACAAAUUUUUUAAAAGAAUUGUAAUAGAGGCCAGCAAAAGAAAUCCAUCCUUGUUAAUGCUGUUUUGUCAAGUAAAAUGAACUAUCCAUUAGUAACCUUUUCUGUGUGUGCAGGUGUGUAUGUGUGUGAGCAUUGUAACUUAGUCUCUUCAGCAGCACUUACUGCCCCCCUGUGCCAGAGCUGGGUUUCCUUUUGCGUUGCGUUCCUUGGUGCUUCUUUACUUUCCCACUCUUUCUCUCUGUUUACGCUCAUUCUAACUCUGUGGGAGACUAGGCUUCUUCUAAAGGAGUCUUUGUACAUGUUUGAGCGAGGAAAAGCGAGAGAGAGAGAGGGAAAGGGAAAUGUUACGGUGAGACAAACAGCAAGCGAAAGAGAGAGGAGGAUACUAGCUGCCUGUGUUAAGCCUGGCCAGGACCCAGUCCCACAGUUCCACAGAGCCCUGUGCUGUUUACCUUAAAAGACUUAGACUUAACAGGAAAAUGCAAAAAGUCUCUCACAGUUACAGGUCUGUAAGUCUGCUCUUUCAUCACUACACACAGUUUUAGGUGCGUAUAUAGUCAGAGAUUUUCUAGUCAAUAAUUAGAAAUGACGUGCACUGUGAUUCCAAAAAGUGAAACAUUCUCACUGCACUGGAUAGUGAGUCAAUGACUCUAUGAACCCUUUGGGCGAGAGUUAGUUGAUAUGUGACGUAGCUGUUAAUGGUUAACUUUAGCCAGGUUAGAGUCCACUCACUGUGCUAUGUCCAUGUGCAAACGUCCUUCAUUUUGCUGUCUUUAAACUGGGCAGGGAUAACGUCGAGAAUACUGGAUUGAACAACUUCGGAGUCUACAAUUAAAUGCUUACACUGAUUCUUCGGGGUGUCUCCCGAAUCCUUGGAACGAGAGUUAAACAGUCUGAUAUAUAACACGUUCGGAACACUUAAUCAGCACAAGGACUGUUUUUGAUAAGGAGGAUGAAGGCCCAUGCCCCACCUCCACCACCGGCCCCUCAACCCGCUCCACGCCAUAUCUUCAGAACCACUACACCUGAUGGGGGAGGGACAUCAGGCAUGGAGGCCAAGGAGAACAUCCUGAGGGCCACAGUGGAUUUACAGUUAACCCUGCCACAGGGCAACCAGAUUUAUCUGACUGAGGAUGGAAGUAAAGCACUGAUGGAUCUGCUGGUCGAGCUGUGUAGUCGCUACCACCUGAAUCCAGCUCUGCACACUUUGGAGGUUCUGUCUCCUGAGGGCCGGUCUUUGGGCUUCAAGCCCAACGCACUGUUGGGCUCCCUUAAUGUGGCCUGUGUGCUUAUCAAGGAAAAAGUGUUGGAGGAGAAAGUGGCGCGCAGACCAGCACCCAAAGUGCCAGAGAAAACUGUGCGAUUGAUGGUGAACUAUCAUGGCAACCAGAAGGCCGUAGUACGGGUGAACCCCUUGAUAUCGCUCCAGGCUCUGAUACCAGUCAUCUGUGACAAGUGUGAGUUCGACCCUACACGUGUCCUGCUGCUGAAGGAUAGCAUCAGCCAACGAGAGUUACCGCUGGACAAAACUCUAGCAGAACUCGGGAUCAAAGAUCUCUACGUACAUGAUCAGAGGCUAGCUUUCCAGCCUAAAAUGGCUUCUGCCCCUGCACUUAACUACACAGACUUUGUUCGCUCCAGUACUGGCAGUUUGGACAGACCAGAAAAAAAAGGCCUCCUGGGUAUCUUCCAGUUCAACAGGAGGAAAUCCAAGACAGAGACAACAUCUGUGGACAUGGAUGACUUUGAUGAUAAAAUAAUCCAAAACACUGACACACAAUCCUGUGACGUGUCCACAGUAUCUGGAUUCUCCAGUGGACCUAAUUGGUCCGGCACCUUGGGCCAGUCUCAGUCUGUCGCCAGUAUCCCGAGGUUGUCUCCCAAGGCUGAGACCAAGAAGAGGAGGGCCCCACCACCGCCUCCUGCCCCUGCACCCAGAAUGGAGCAAACUACAGUUGAAAGCUGUCAGAUGAGCCAGCAGAGGAAAAGAAAGGCUCCAGCUCCUCCUCCCACUCCAACAUCCAUCACGCAAGGCUCUGAUGACACUUCAGCCUCUCCAGCUCCCACUCCUGACAGUCAAGCUCCUGAUAAACCUAUGCCGGCAUCCCGCAUCAAGGUGGCACAUUCGACCACAGCCUCAGCUGCCACUGUGAUAAAACUAACAGAAAAAACAGCCUCGCAUAAAAUAGCAGUAGAUCCUGUGUCCAAUGCCAUGCCAACCUCCAGCUCCCCAACCCCGAGCAGCAGCACUACUGACAGCCUUGCCGUGCAGGAUUCCAGCUCUGAACUAAGCCAGGGUCUUGAUGAUUCAGAUGCUGACCUAGAGCAGGCUGAAUCCCAUUACAGCUACAGUAGCAGAAGCACAACAAGUGGGUCCGUGCGGGUCCAACCUGCUGCGAAAAACUCCAGCGGCAGAGUGGAAGAUUCAGUCAGCAGCGCGGCCGGCAAAAUAGCUCAAGACAGGACGUCAGAGAAUAACUCCAUGUCGGAGACUGAGUCCGCCCUGAACCUGAAGCUGGAUGAGGCUGAGAACAAUAGGCACAGCGGAAUGGGAAACACUCAUCGUCUGGUGCCACCCAAACCUCUCCGUUCUCCCGUGCAGGAGCCAUCACAGCAUGUAUCACCCUCUACUCCUCCCUCGACACCCCCUCCCCCUGAGCCUACAGAGAGCAACUCUCCGCAGAAUCUCACGGAGGUGGAGGAAGCUCCCCAGUCUUGGCUCCAUUCUGUUAAGAACUCUGCAGUCAGUGACCAGAAACCAGAAACUGAAGCACCUCUGGCCGAGACUCUGUCUUUGGGCAGCAGCAGUGCCGGCAGCAGCCUGCAUGACCAGGGUUACGCUGCCUCUGAAGGUAUGGCAGAGGGCGAGGACUCGGGCAUGAUCAGUUCUCCCUCUGACACCCAACCCACUUCCCCCGAUGGGAGCGUGUCUCUGGAUGGAAGUAGUGGGUGGAAACCGGCAGGGCCAGUGCGAGAUAGUUCCAGUGAGAGCGAUGAGGGAUGUGCCACCUGGGGAUCAGUACACAGGCACAAAGACAUCAGCCCUCAGUCGCAGUCAGUGAUUUUGAAAAACAACUUUGAAGAUGAUCCAAAGCUCGCAGCCGAGCUCCAUCAGACUUUGGCUGAUUUUGAAGCAGACCUUGCAGACCAUGAAGAUGUAGUCUCAGCAAAAGAGGCUCCUUAUACCAUGUCUAGUGACAGUAAUGAGGUUCCAGUGUCUGUAGUGGACUUGGAUGUGCCAGUUACAGCCAUAGAUGAAGUACUGGAGGACUAUGAUCAUAAUAUUAUUGAACAUGAGGUGAAGUCAUUUACCAGGAAGGAGUCAGCUGGCAGCAAAGAACAUGGCUUUUGUCACAAGUCCAGAAUGGAGCCCGAGAACAAAAACAACAAUGCUUAUACAGAAGCAGUCAAUAAUAAAAGAAACCAUACAAAUACUAAGGGUUUGUCUCAAUCUGAGCAGCACACUAAACCAGCGGAGAGCAAGUCUGUGUGUGACAGAAAGGAAAAAAAGAUAAAGGAGAAAAAAAUUAAAGAGAUGAAUCUCGUCGAUAGCAACAGCGUGAAAGGAGAUAAGCAAAUAUCGGCUGUUAAAUCUAAUGAUGACGUGCACGAAAACAUGGAGAGCGCUGAGAUACUGCCUGACCCUGUGAGAUAUAAUGCUGAGUCUUUUGAGAAGAAGAAACCGGAUUUUCCACCAGCAAGUCAGAAACUAGUAUCUAUGGAAAAAGAUGAACAGACGCAUAGGGUUUUCCCUACUUCACAUAAUAAAAUUACUCGCAACGUCACAUCACGAUUUGGUAUGAAAACCUUCACUGUGAUCCCUCCCAAGCCCUCUGUUAUAAACACUGCUAAAGAACAGUCAGGUGUUCGAUUUACCAUUGGUGCCAUUAAGAUCGACGAUCAGGGAAACAUGGUGAAAGAGGGUAUCUCCAGGAAUAAUGUUAGUAGGUCUUCAGAGUCACAGAUCAAUUCUGAUGAGGGUUCUCCUCUUCUUGGGAAGGCCAAAGCUUUUUGGAGCUCAAAUGAAAGACAAGACACUCCUGUGAACCCCAGCAAAGAUAAAGCUGAGGAGAGCAAAAACAAACUGAAAAGUGCUUCUACAGCAGUCACAGAAACUACACUGAAGACCAGUAACACAGAGUACCUGAAAUCAACACAGAGUACAGUUUCUAAACCUCCAGAGAGAAUCCAACCUAAAGAGGUGGUGAAAGAAGAAACUAAAGAGCCUAUAAGGAAUGUCAAAGUUCCAGACAAAGGCUGUGUUGAGGUGGGGAGCAAAAGUUCAGUACCCAAAAAUGUUCAGCCCCCAGCUGACAAACCUACCAUUCCUCCUUCAAUACUUCCAGACUUGUCCUUCCUCAGACCGCCCAGGCGAACCUCAAGCCAAUAUGUAGCGUCUGCCAUCGCUAAACACCCCCCAAAGACCUUAGCGAAACCCAGCUAUGUCCCUAACAGCCCUGAAUGCUCUGCUUCCCUGAAGACACCGACUACUGACCUCCAGAAAUCAGGUCGAUCGAUGCAAGUUAAUCCGCGACAAUCUUCCCUGUCGUCUUUGUUACAGAAUAAGGAGAAUAGCUCUAAUUCUGCAGUCAGGUAUCCUGGUCCUCAAAGAUCUACAAGCUACCCAGAGUAUAUGUCAGAUCAACAGAAAGAUUUUAGAGAAGCAAACAGGGGUGGAUUUGAAAAUGGUGUUGUAGCCACCAAAAGAAGUUCUGAUAUGUUGGAAACCAAACCAGCCAAGAAUAAUCACGCUGAGUUGAGUGGAUCCACCAACAUAAAAGUAACUGCCAAUGACCAAGAUAAUGUCAAACAUCAGCUUGGAGGUCCGAGCCCAGCAAAAAGCAAUGCCCUAAACUCAUUUAUCAAACCACCAACAGCCCCAAAGACCAUAUCUCAAGGACAGACAAACAACUCAGAGGAGACAGCUUCAAAAUCUCAACUGCCUGAAACAGUGUCAGACAGCAGUGUGACGGUGUUUGGGCCAAUUAAAAAGUUCAGACCAGUGAUCCAUAAAUCUGUUGAGAAAGAGACGUCUCUGCACAGCAGUCUGAUGGAGGCAAUCCAGACAGGUGGAGGCAAAGACAGGCUGAAGAAAAUAUCAACUUCUGGCCCCAGCUCCUUAAAGAAAGGGCCUUAUGUUGAAGAGGAGAAUGAGAGGUCUGCUCUUUUGGCUGCCAUUAGAGCCCAGAAUAACACCGGCAGGCUGAAGAAGGUCAAAUCUGCAGCUGCCCAUGAGCUUGAGAAAUUCAGAAAGUUGGCAUCUGAAGAAGAGAGAAGCAGUCCAAGCUCUCCCUCUUCCCCCGAGAAUUUGACCUGCACCUCUCCUCUCUUUACGCACCCACCACCUCCACCACCACCGACGAUUGCACCGCCACCUCCUGCCCCUGUCUUGCCCCAGGGUAAAACUAGCUCUGUGCCACAUUCGAAUGCGAACGCCCCCAGGAACCCUGCUCUAGCCAGGGAGGCUAUGCUGGAGGCAAUUCGCUCUGGAUCUGCGGCUGAGAGGCUCAAAAAGGUCGCAGUUCCCAAGAAGACGGUUCAAGUGAACGGCAAACUGGGAACGAUCCAAGCGAGCUCCUCAACAAUCCCUGAGCAGUAAGAGGGGGAGCCGGCAUCACCACAACAAGAAAUAAUAGAUUAGUUUCUGUGUUUUGCCAUAGUGCUUUUACAGCAGGUGUUUGGGGAAAAACAGUUUGAGUUGCAUUUUCAGUGAAUGCUGUCUGAUAUAUUUUUUUGCACUGCAGAAAUUGUGAAAAAUCAAGUAAAAAUAAAUAAUUCAGAAUAAGAUUCACACCUCUCACUACUAAUAUUGGGCCUCAUUCGUACAUUGGUGUAGUUCUAAAAGGAACAGCAAAGCGGGGAUGUAAUUACUUAUGAAUGAGGAAGGAUUUAAACAUUUCUUCUAGCAAGAAGAACCUCACUGUGUUAGUAGCCAAACACCUGCAAAAUCUGUCUAACAAAGGGUGCGAUAGGUGAAAGGUUUGCAGUUUAUGUUCCGCUUUGACAAACAGUAGCUUGCUGGGAAAUGUUCCUUUCCACCUUUGUAACGUAUUGCUGUUCGUAAAUACAUCCGCUGCCAUCCACCCUUGAAUUCACAAGGCGCAACUAGAGCAUUGACAUAAAUCUGUGCCAAUGAAAGCAAAAUGUAAUAGUAUAUGAGACUUUCAUAUCAUUUUGUGUUGUGAUCAUUUCCAUUUGCCUUUACCACUGUAGGUUUCAAAUGCCUUAUAUGCCUAAUGCUAAGUCAGUGUUAUGCACAUAUUGUUUGUUUAAAAAAAAUCGAUGUGAGGUGCAAUAAGUUUGAUCAGAUUCUGGACUACUUCCUAUUUUAUUGUAACAAUUAACAUUAUUUAAAACAAUUUUUUUUGUAUAUUUAAGAAAACAGUAGGUCCGUGAGCAGUGCUUUAAGUGUAUUAUUUUAUGGAGAUCUCGUCCGUAAUGCCAACUUCCACAGUUCAGACUCUAAGGAGUCAUGUUGUAACAACUGGCUGGUGCCUGUUAGUGCACUGUGCUCCUGUUUAAGCUUCUAACCUUCAUUUGUGCUGCUGUUAAAAAUCUGUAGAUGCUAUGUUGUGAUAUUUCUGACUCACGGUGGAAAACAUGAUAAGCAUAGCCUUAACAUUUGCUAUAAAUACAUACUGUACAUACUGUAGCUGAAAUAGUUUUUGGUUUUUUUGACAUUUCAACAUUUUGAAGCAUUUUCAUUAAAAACCAUAAGAACGGUUUCACAAAAAGCAAAGAGAUUAGUGUAUUAAAUCGAUAAGAUAAUCUAAAACCAGCUUUAGUAAAGCUUAUGUCAUAAUUUAAGCAUUAUUGCAUUUCUUUCUGCUAUGUAGGGGAGGUUUAGUGGGUCAUAGCUAUGAGUGAGAGCCAUUAAAUAGUUUGUAUUAGAUACGAUUAAAGUCCAUGCUGGAUCAUCGUUAGAAUGAAGAAAAGCUUACGCUCCAUAUUCAGGUAAAAUGUUUGCUGCUGUGUAUUUCGAGUCUUUGAGUAAAGGGGGUUAACUAGUUUUAUAGACACUAACUUUAAUUUGUGUUUACUUCAUGCAUGAUGCAAAAUUCUAUAACUUCAGAGGUAAACUUUAACUUAAUUUUGGGAGGGAGCUACAAAAUAAAAGCCUACCGAAGUGUAUAUCUUGUAAAUCACUGCGAUAGAUUUGCUUUAUUCCACUGACUGAGUGAACGUUUUUAUAAGCUAUUGCUUUUUAUGUUUAAAGUGCACAUUGUUUUAUGGAGAAGGUUAAUUUUGUUUACCUUUUUUUUUUGAUUCAAUAAAUACAUUUUGUAAUCAAGCAAAAAUUUACCUGCUACUGUCUUUUGUU